AUGGUCCAGCAUUUGACCUACCAUCAUAGGCUUUCCUACAAUAUAGCCUCUAACAAAACUAGGCUGACCCAAACCCCUGGUAAUAUAAUUGUUUACCUUUAUACCAAGAAGGUUGGGAAAGCACCAAAUUCUGCAUGUGGUGUGUGCCCAGGCAGACUUCAAGGGGUUUGUACUGUGAGACCUAAAGUUCUUAUGAGAUUGUGCAAAACAAAAAGACAUGUCAGCAGGGCCUAUGGUGGUUCCAUGUGUGUUAAAUGUGUUCAUGACAAGAUCAAGCAUGCUUUCCUUAUUGAAGAGCAGAAAAUCGUUGUGAAAGUAUUGAAGAGUCAGAAAGCUAAAUAAAAAUGAAGCUUUUUGAAUAAUAAUAACAGAAAAAAGAAGUCCGAAAGGAAAAACAGUGUUCUAAAAAAUGUUCCCUUUCCCUCACCUAUCCCCCAGAUCAAUACAGCUCAGACACCAUUGGAGAACUGAGGUCUAAGCAGCAAAGCAGGUGAUGGAGGUAGGGCUGUGAGUCAUAGUUUGUAUGAAAGCUUGUGACCAACAUCUUUGUUCCUGAACAGAGGAAUGUAACAGUUGAUAAGAAACAGAUCUUGGACUGGAACAAAGGAGAGAAAGUGGUGGUGACCAACGUGUUGGCAGCCCUGGCACCAGGUUGCUUUCCAUUGCUUCAUCCACCAGGUCAUGCCUCAGGAAUAAGUAAUCCUUAACUAAUAUAUCAACAGCAUGAGGCCCUGAGGCACUUUUUGCCCUUUAUUGACUUCUUAUUCCACUGAUGGCUUUGCUUAUAUCAUGAAUAUUCCCGAAAGUUACUAAAACCAUAGAUGUAUUUGGGCAGUAAACUAGACCUCCAGGACUCUAAAAAUGCCUGGACUUACAAAUCAAAAACAAAACCAGCCUGGCGUGGUGCUCACGCCUGUAAUCCGAGCACUUCGGGAGGCCGAGGGGGGCUGAUCACUUGAGGUCAGGAGUUCAUG